UUGCCUUUAGGAUAAACACUGAGUCACGCAGGGAGAUAAAAAUUCACUUUCAGUUUCAUAUCAGGACUACUGGACUGCGGUGUGUUGUUAUUGAGGACGUUUAACACCCAGUGUGUGUUUUUACUCUGAAUAAUCUGUAUAUUUUACAGUGAUGAUGGGACUCUGUAAUGUGUGUGCUCUGUACACAGUGUGUUUAUUACUGCUGAAUUUAACUGGUCUGGUUUAUUGCACCACUCGCACUUAUUACAUUGGGAUUCAGGAGGUGAACUGGAACUACGCACCAAACGGAACGAGUUCAGUCUAUGAGCUCGAUUUCACAAACAAGCUUGCUUCAGGACCAGGGUGUAUCGGCAGAGUGUAUAAGAAAGCCGUAUAUAAACAGUACACAGACCAGAGUUUCUCCACUGAGGUUCCUAAACAUGAGUGGCUCGGGUUUCUGGGACCGGUGAUUCGUGCAGAAGUGGACGAUGUCAUUGUGGUUCACCUGAAGAACUUUGCGUCUCGACAGUAUUCACUUCAUCCACAUGGAGUCUUCUAUGAGAAGGACUCAGAAGGGGCGCUGUAUCCGGAUGGCACAUCUGGUAAGGAAAAGAAGGACGACGCUGUACAGCCGAAUGAAACUUACAUCUACAGGUGGAACGUAACACCAGAAUUCGCUCCCACCGACUCUGAUUCCUCCUGUCAGACCUGGAUCUAUCACUCUCACGUCGAUGCCCCGCACGACAUUGCAUCAGGACUGAUCGGAGCUCUGCUCACCUGCAAAAAAGGAACUCUGGACAGCUCUGGAGUGCGGCGCUCUGAUGUGGAUCGUGAUUUUUUCUUGAUGUUUAGCGUGGUGGAUGAAAACCUUAGUUGGUAUUUGGAUGAUAACAUCAAGCGUUUCUGCCCUAAAGCUGACAAACUAGAUGAAGAUUUUCAACAGAGCAAUCUGCUGCACGCUAUAAAUGGCUUCAUCCACGGGAACUUGCCGCUUUUGGAGUUGUGUGUCGGAAAAACUACGGCGUGGAACUUGUUCAGUGUCGGAAAUGAAGUGGACAUUCAUUCGGUUUAUUUCCAUGGCCACACCCUUCUGGAUCGCGGGCACCGUACCGACGUGCUCAGCGUGUUUCCUGCCACUUCCGUCACUGCAACAAUGGUUCCCAGGACACUAGGGAGGUGGUUGUUAGGCUGCCAGGUCAACGAUCACAUUUACGGUAUGCUGGGUUUCUAUCAGGUCUCUAAGUGCAACGCUGAAGCCGCACCCACAGAGCCCCCUGUCCAUGUGAGACGUUACUACAUCGCCGCAGAGGAGAUGCUUUGGGAUUACGCUCCAGGAGGAAUGAACCUCUUCACCAAUCAUCCGCUAAAUGAAAGCGAGAGCGACUCUGAGGAAUUCUUCAGUAUAAAGGAUGGAAAGCUGGGAGGGAAGUACACAAAGGUGCGUUACGUCCAGUACACAGAUGAUACCUUCACCACCCUGGUAGAACAACACGGCUCUGAGGAACACCUCGGCAUUCUGGGUCCGGUCAUCAGAGCAGGAACAGGAGACCUAAUAGAGGUGACGUUUAAGAAUAAAGCCUCGAGGGCGUUCAGCAUGCAGCCUCAUGGGUUAUCGUACGAUAAAGUCUACGAAGGAGCAAAUUAUCGGGACGGAACAAAGAAAAACGGGUCCAGCGUGUUUGCGGGUCAUACCUUUAUUUAUCGGUGGCGGGUAACGGACGGCCCCUCCUCCUCCGACCCCCCCUGUCUGUCCUACCUGUAUUACUCAGCUACUAAUCCCGUUCGCGACACCAACUCCGGUUUAGUGGGACCAAUACAGGUGUGCAAAAAAGGAGUUCUGGAUGAGAGUGGUCGACAGCACACAGGCUCAGAGGUGCAGAAGGAGUUCUUCCUGCUCUUCACAGUGAUGGAUGAGAACGAGAGCUGGUACCUGGAGGAGAACAUCAAAAAAUUCGGGAACGAGAAGUCACACCGUGAGGACCAACGAUUUCAGGAGAGCAACAAGAUGCGCUCGGUGAAUGGGUACAUGUACGGGAACCUCCCGGCGCUGGACCUGUGUGAGGGCGACCACGUCGUGUGGCACAUGCUGGGUUUGGGAAACGAGGUGGACAUUCACGGUGUUUAUUUCCAAGGCAACACGUUUCAGAGGGACGGCACCAGACAGGACACGCUCAAUCUGUUCCCUCACACCAGCGUCACCGUCUGCAUGGAGCCGGAUAAUGACGGUACUUUUGAGUUGAGCUGCCUUACGACCGAUCAUCACCAAGGCGGCAUGCGCCAGUACUACACCGUGAAGAAGUGCAAAGCGGACCAGGACCCUGGAGCAGAUACAACAACCUUUAAACCUGAUGUCGUUUACUACCUGGCUGCAGUAGAGGUGGACUGGAACUACGCCGCGAAUAGGACGUGGGAGCUGGAGAGGCAUCGCUCUACUCUGACUGAAAGCCCUGGAGAUGUGUUUCUCAAUGAAUCAGAGGAUCGGAUCGGUCCCGAGUACAAGAAGGUGGUUUAUCGCGAGUACACGGACAAGACUUUCACCACCGAGAAGCGCAGAGGUUCAGAAGAGGAGCAUUUAUGCAUUUUAGGUCCCAUUAUUAGGGUGCAGGUUGGUGAGAAUGUCCAGGUUGUUUUUAAGAACAAAGCCACUAAGCCGUAUUCCGUCCAUGCUCAUGGAGUGAAGAGCAGCAAAGCUCAGCCGGUUCAGCCAGGUGAGGAAAUGAGUUAUAACUGGACUGUCAGUGCAGGACCUGGACCGUCUGAUCCCAAUUGCAUAACCUACGUCUAUUACUCAUCAGUCAACUACAUCAAGGACUUGGCGAGUGGAUUGGUGGGUCCGUUGGUGGUGUGUCGCAAGGGAACUCUGAACAAAUCCAGGCAGCGAGAGGACGUGAAGCGUGAGUUUGCUCUGCUCUUCAUGGUGUUUGAUGAGAAUGAAUCCUGGUAUCUGGAUGAAAACAUCGAAAGGUACCUUCACAAGGACCCCGUGACCCUCGUUAACGACGAGGAGUUUGUGGAGAGUAACAUGAUGCACGGUAUUAACGGGAGGCUGUACGCUAAUCUGCCCGGGCUGACGAUGAACACGGGCGAUCGGACCGAGUGGUAUUUAAUAGGACUGGGGAACGAAUUCGACAUGCACACCGUUCACUUUCAUGCUAACAGCUUUAUAUACAAGACGGAUCGCUCUCACCGCGCUGACGUCUUCGGCCUGUUUCCUGGAACCUUCAAGACGGUGGAACUAAAAGCAGGAACCCCAGGAACGUGGCUCCUGCACUGCCACGUGUUCGACCACAUCCAUGCCGGCAUGGAAACCACGUUCACCAUCAGUGGAGCUUCAGCUAGUUCUGGAAGAAGCUUCGGAGAUAAAAAUGGCUCCUCAGUUCUGGUUUUUCAUCAAACGCUGGUGUUCAUCACAGCGAUGCUCCUAAACCUCAUGGUCUAGCAGCGAUCAAGCAGCGAGACUCGACUUUCUCCAUUUCUUCAGAACCAGAAUCGAACACUUUAGGUUGCACUGAUGUGAUUUUCUUUCUUUAUGCACUUUGGACGUAAACAUUUAAAGGUGAUGUUUUAUACUUUGAUUCCUCAGUUCAUGAUUCAUAGGUUCACCGUUCAUUCACUUACACACGUCACACGUACGUAUAUGAGUCAACGAGUCUGGAAAGGGUUACAAAGCCAUUUAUAUCCCCUUGGACUCUAUUGAACCACAGUGAGAGCAGUAUUUGCAGAUAUGUCAAACUUUAAACUGUGUUGAAUUCGGUCAGAACGGCAGCCGCCUAUGGAAGCAUGAGAAAACCACUGACCCAAACCCAGUAGAGAUACAGUGGACCCUUGACUUUCGGACUGUUUACCAUAGGAACAUUUUGGGUUACGAGCGAUUAUUUUCAACUUAAUGUACGAAUAAAUUUCGGAUUACGAAUCAAAGUUCGCACGCCAACGAAACACGUGACGUCACGAACAAGUUGACUCCGAUCGUCUCUCUCUCUCUCUAUCUAUCUAUCUAUCUAUAUCUAUCAGUGAGCGAACAUUUGGACAGUGGACGGUGUUUUUCCGGUGUUUUUUUUUUGAUUGACCAUGCAACCUCAUGAGAUCAGGAAGACACGCCGGAGCCGAACA